CCCUCUGUCUGGUGUAUGAUCGAUGGCUUCCAUCCCCCUACAAGCAGAUCAGUUCUUUUCUCUUUCACACCCACCACAGCCAGUCAGAGGACGAUCGAGCUUUUCUCAGAUCUCGAGACUCGCGGCAGAAAAAGAGAAAAACCGUUUUCGAAAUGUCGCUCCUGCUGUGUGUAAUCGCAGCAGACAUGGCAGGCAGGCAGCCUGCCAGUCGAAGUCAGUUCUGCAACACUUACUUGGAUGAUUGGACGGCAAGAGACUGUCGCGCGCGCGAGUUUUGGGAAUCGAGUUGGCGAAAGUGUCGAUCCUCGCUGGUGAUCGCGUUUUCGGGUACCUACAUUGAGUGAAAAGAUUUAUGCUUAAUUUGUGCGUAAUUAAGUAGGAAGAAGAAUUCCAAUCAAUUAGCAGCUAAUUGAUGAUGAAGUUCAAGUGCGAUUAAUGAAUUGAGUGUGGUGGUAAAAUGUCGGUGGUGAGCCCUAACUCGCCCAAGUUGAUUCUGGAUAUCAGCAACAAUCAGUUUGACAGCCCUCAGCAGCAUACGACCAGUGUUAGUGCCAACAUAGAACGAUCUCCGAAAAUGAUCAAAGUGGAAUCGUAUGAAAAUUUAGACAGUGUGUGCAGCGUGAAUCAUCAUCAUGUGACUCAACCGCAGCAGCCACAUCACACGGUCCACCAUGGACCGGACUUCACAACGCUGAUGCCUCCUCAAGUGUCAACUCCUUCGUCCACUAUCUACGUCUAUCAGCCUUCAUCUAUUGUAACGACUCACGUCGUACCAGGGGUUGAUCACAUGAACCUUCCUCGCGGUGAUCUCAUGACGACUUCUAUGAACUCCUUGUCCAUGACCUGCAAGAAACGAAAACUCGACGCCGACUACGAUUACGAGUUUGACCAAUCAUCGCUCAGUCCUGCCGCAGACAGCAAGCGUAUCCGUUACGAUGGCAACAUCUACGGCUACGCUCCCUUGGAGUAUCACCCUUCUAGUAACUACGCGGCUCUUCCAGAGUUCUCAAACCUUGAAGAAGAUCAUCCUUCUUCUCGAAUGAUCCCCUCGUCCUAUACCGACCCUACGCACUACGGUAUCUACUACCAAAACGAUACACCUUGUAGUGCAGAGAACGACGGCUCGUCCAUCUCGGUUACCUCAUCCCCGAACAAACCUGACGAAUCGAUCUACCCCCACAGUCAUCUUCCCAACGCCCCACCUCCGUCCUCUUGCAUGAUCUCCACGACCACUUCAUCUCCCACCUCUUCAACCUGCAUCGCCACCAGUGAAAGCCCACCCAAUCCGGAGCGGCCACACCAUCCAGCGAUACCCGCCAGCGUAGACACUGCAGCAGCUGCCACCGCCACCACCACCGGUAAACCCGUCGGCCGAAAGUCCCGCUCCAAUCGGGUACGGAAGCGGCACGUACGGGAAUCGAUUAGUUUUGAGGAGUUGCAGACCCAGCGAGUAAUGGCCAAUGUGAGGGAACGGCAGCGGACGCAGAGUUUGAACGAGGCGUUUGCGUCGCUGCGCAAGAUCAUUCCAACCCUACCGAGCGAUAAGCUGAGCAAAAUUCAAACGCUCAAGUUGGCUUCCAGGUACAUCGACUUCCUCUACCGGGUCCUGUCGAACAACGAACUCCCGCUGCUGGAGGAAACCCAGAAGAAUCUGGCCAACUCGGGCGCCACAACCGGCCCAGGUUCCGGACUUCAGUUCAGCGGUAGUGGCAUUCUGGCGCACGAGAAGCUCAGCUACCUGUUUAGCGUUUGGCGCAUGGAGGGUGACUGGAGCAAUGGGAGUAGCUCCGGAAGUAGCAGCGGUAAGGAGUGAGUGGCGGAAUCCAGAAUCCAGCCAGUACACGAUUCAAUGAAGAGUAUUAUUUAGUGCCUAAGUCUGAGAUUGUUCCUACGCAGUGCGGUGAAAUUGUGCGAAGUCAAACGACAGAAUUCGUUUUAGAUGUAAGAGAAGUGUCGUAUCUGUAGAUUUCCGCGGGAAGCAGCUUCGUCCAAAGAAGAAAACAAUUCCAAAAAAUUUAAAUCUCUUAGAUUGUAAGCCAAACAUUAGAAAACUAAGCGCUAAAAGCCAAACAAACCAAGCCAGCCAACUGUAUUAGAUGUUGUUGUUACAAAUUGUCGGAGACAGAUGCGAUCGGAAUCGUCCACGUUUGACCAAGUCAAGCAGAGGAUGGGACGUAUUACGGUAAUCUGUCGAAAAUCUACGGGACAAGGAAUACUCGCUUUAAAUGCCAUUUUAAAGCUGAAUUAUUACGCGCGUCUCAUCCAGUAAGCAUUUCCAUUUUAUGUGUAUGUUUCUCGUUCUUUUGUCUUUUGCAAGAUAUUUUUAGUAUUUCUAUAACUACUUUGUUGAAAGCAAUGACCCAAAUGGGCCUAAGGAUGUAAAUAAUUACAUGUGACUGAAAGAUUCUCCAAAUGUGCCAUGGUAAUCCAAAGAACUUAAAGCAGAUAUACGAAAUAA